AGGAAGCAGUAGAUGUGAGAUGUGAGAUGUGUGAUGGCGGCUGAGCGGGAGGGGGCGGACCGAGGAGCACGAUGAUGGAACAGCGGGCAGCAGCAGCAGCGUAGCUUCACCCGGACACCGAGAGGAACCGGACCGGCUCCAUCCAGUUCACACGACCCGAGGGCGGAGCGGCACCCCACGAUAUGCAGUCAUGAAGCGGGGUCGCACUGAGCAGAUCCAGUUCGCGGUGGCUCAGUACCUGAAGAGGAGGCAGUAUGUGGAGAGCGACGGCUCCAUGAAGGGAGCCAGACUCCUCCAGUCGCCCGAGGAGAUGGCUGCCAGCCUCACAGUGCAGACGGAGUCGGGCUGUUCCAACAUCGUCUCAGCCGCCCCCUGCCAGUCCGACCCGCAGCAGUAUGAGGCCCAGUUCUCCAGGCUGCGCUCCUUCCUGUCAGAAACAGAAGUAGCCUGGGCGAGGGAGGUGAGCAGCCUCCUCUACCCGCUGUUCGUCUACCUCCACCUGGACAUGGUGCGCUGUGGCCUGAAGGGGGCAGUAGAUGGUUUCUACAGUCGGUUCCAUGGCGCCUUUCUUCAGGACAGUGAACAGCGUGCCACCAUAGAGCAGCUCCGCCAUGUUCUCACUGCGCAGGAUGUUGCAGCUAAUCCCAAGCUGAGCGCCUUCCUGGAGCACAAGUACGUGGUUCACCUGACGGAGCCGGCCUACAGCUACCUGCUGCGCUACCUGCAGAGCGAGGACAACGGCGCCCUCUGCAGGGCCCUGAGCACACACCUGCAGGUGGAGGUCUCCGCCUCCAGGCGCACAGACUACGAGCUGUAUGGAGCCGCCGGUGGGACGACUGCCGCCCCUAACCCCACCUCCUCCUGGGCGGGGGUAGAGGGGGCGGAGGGGGUGCAGGGCGUGGAGGUCCCUGCUGGGAUCCCACAGAGCGAGGUGGCCCUGGAGGCUCUGCAGGACUGCAUCAAGAAGGUGCGCGAGGGCCCCCCCUCACUCACCACGGUGUGUCUGUACGCCUUCCACCACACGGAGCAGAUGCUGAACACGGCCGAGGUGUCGGCCGACAGCCGGCUGCUCGCCGCCGGCUUCGACAGCUCCACCGUGAAGCUGUGGAGCCUCCGGGCCAGAAAGCUGAAGGCCAGACCGCAUCCGGCUGACGUGUCCCACAUCCACCUGGCCUGCGACGUCCUGGAGGAGGAGGUGGAGGAGGAAGACGUCUGUGGCAGUGAGAUCAAGACGCUGCGAGGUCACAGUGGACCCGUGUUCCGGACCUGCUUCCUGACCGACAGCUCCGGCCUGUUGUCCUGCUCCGAGGACACCACCGUGCGGUACUGGGACCUGGACAGCUUCACCAACACGGCGCUCUACCAGGGCCACGCCUACCCGGUGUGGGACGUGGACGUCAGCCCCUGCAGCCUCUACUUCGCCAGCGGCUCCCAUGACCGCACCGCCCGCCUCUGGACCUUCUCCCGCACGUACUCGCUGCGCCUCUAUGCCGGACAUCUUGCCGACGUUGACUGUGUCAAAUUCCACCCGAACUCCAGCUACCUGGCCACCGGCUCCGCAGACAAGACGGUCAGGCUGUGGAGCACCCAGCAGGGGGCGUCGGUUCGGCUCUUUACCGGCCACCGCGGCCCGGUGCUGUCGCUCGCUUUCUCGCCGAACGGGAAAUACUUAGCGUCUGCUAGUGAGGACCAGCGGGUGAAGCUGUGGGACCUGGUGUCUGGGACGCUGUUCAAAGACUUGCGGGGACACACGGACAGCGUCACCAGCCUGUCCUUCAGCCCGGACAGCAGCCUGGUGGCGUCUUCGUCUAUGGACAACUCGGUCCGGGUGUGGGACAUUCGUAACUCGCACAGCGGGACGCCAGCCGACGGCUCGUCCAGCGAGCUGGUGGGACUGUACACGGGAAACACCAGCAACGUGCUGAAGGUCCAGUUCAUGGCCUGCAACCUGCUGCUGGUGACUGGGACGGCACAAGAGAAAGCAGAACCGUAGCACCGGGUGUUCAGUGGUUGUGUUGGGAGAGUUUGAGUUCUUCUCUAAAUGUCACAACCUGCUCAGGACUCAGAUCUUUGUUCACUAGUUUGCAGCAAAUGGAAAAAAACUGAAAAGUUAAAAAUCGUUUGUAAUUCUGAAGUUUCAGAUUUUCAUUUAUAGUUAAAUUCU